CUGCACCUAUUAAAUUCAGAAUCCCUACCAUUUCCCUUUCUUAAGCCUUCCUUAUCAUCCAUCUUUUUUUCUCUUUCUUCUCUUUUUCUCCUCUUCCUGUUGCUGCUGCUGACAUUUGCUGUUGCUGACAUUUCUUCAACCUUACACCUUUUUUCUUAAAUUAAUUAACUUUUAUUAAUAAGUUGUGUCGUGUGUGUGUUGCAAGAGCCAUUGUAUUUGUUUUUUUUUUUUUUUUUUUUUUUUUUUUGCCGUUUCUCUUGAAAUUAAUCUCCACAUGGGAAGGCACUCUUGUUGCUAUAAACAGAAGCUAAGGAAAGGACUUUGGUCUCCAGAUGAAGAUGAAAAGCUUCUCAAUUAUAUCACUAAGCAUGGCCAUGGCUGUUGGAGUUCUGUCCCUAAACUCGCUGGCCUUCAACGUUGUGGAAAAAGCUGCCGCCUCAGAUGGAUUAAUUACCUACGCCCUGAUUUGAAAAGAGGCCCUUUCUCUCAACAGGAAGAAGAUUUGAUCAUUGAACUUCAUUCUGUCCUUGGUAACAGAUGGUCUCAAAUUGCUGCUCAGCUACCUGGGAGAACAGACAAUGAAAUAAAGAACUUGUGGAAUUCGUGUAUUAAGAAGAAACUUAGACAAAAAGGAAUUGAUCCCAAUACGCAUAAGCCUGUGGUAUCCGGUGGCGGCGGCGGCGGCGGCGGCGAUGUUGAGAAUGAGAGUGAGAGUAAACUCCCAGCCAGAAGCAAUGAUAUUGAUAAUACCUCCGAUGAAGCUAAUAAUAAUAAAAAUGAUACAACGCCUCCUCUCUCAAUCCCAAUCAUUAUCAAUCCACAUAACUCCAAUUCUCAAAUCUACUCACAAACUCAUGAGUUUUUCCCUUUCCAAACUUCCACUACCAAUACAUCUUCUGAUAUUACCUCCGAUUAUCUCACUUUUCAUCAUCUCAAUUAUCCACCAAACCCAAAUCCAAAUCCAAAUCCAAAUCCAAAUUCUCUCUGUUUCACUCUCCCUCCGCCGCCAAUUCCCAUAAAAACCCAAGUACCCAAUUGGGAAUCAACUACUUUCAACAACAAUUUCUUCGACGCUGCUAACUUCUCUUGGGGGCUUCCCGAUUGCGCUACUAAAGCAGAGAAAUUGAAUACAACCCAGUUACCGGAAGACAUGAAAUGGUCAGAAUUUGUGGGGAAUAAUCCAUUUAUACUACAAAAUCAAGAAGCUCAAUCUCAAACUCAAACAGAUGAUUCAAUGUAUGUAGAGAGUACGGCAGCGGAAACAGGGUUUAUAGUAGAGGGCGGUGGCGGUGGCGGUGGGUGGCAGAGGCAACAACCUUCCUCCGAUGCUGCUGUAUAUAACAAACACCUCCAUACUCUUACUGUUUCUUUUGGAAAUACCCUUUAACUCUCAUUCUCUCCUAUCCAAUUAUUUUCCUUAAACAAAAAACCAACAUUCAAGUACAUUGAGUUUUUUUUCUUUUUCUUUUUCCUUGGGUUUUAAGCUCCAUAUGCUUCCUCGUGUUCAUAGAUUAUAAUUAUUAAUAUAUAUUCUUCUUAGUAGAGAUUAUGUGUGCAGUGGUAGCAUUAUUAUUCAUCUUGUGUAAAUUAAGAGAAAGAAACAUGAAUUGUGGUGAAGAUUGAGAAAUUAGUUAAUUUAAUGUUUGGUCGUUGUCUUGUCUUUCAGUUUGGGAUUUUUUUUUUUUUGUAAAAAUAUAGGAUAGAGGGAGAGAAAAGUGAAAAAAGCUGGUCAUUAUAUGAAUUGUGUGUAUUAAUUUCUGGUGUAUGUGAUACGAAAAGUAGAAAUGUGGAUAGAGAUGUUUGGGUUUCA